CGUGCGUACGUGCGUCGUCUCUAAGGUGGCGGCGGAUUCUGAGGGACCGAACGAUCCUGGAGUCAGGAUGUUCCGUCGGGAGCGCCCCAUCCCCCUUCGAGGCUCGGCUGCCGCCCUGUGCAACAACCUCAGUGUGCUGCAGCUGCCUACCCACAACCUCACGCACUUUGGUGUUGUCCAUGGACCCAGCGCUCAGCUUCUCAGCGCUGCCCCUGAGGGUGUGCCGUUGGCCCAGCGCCAGCUCUAUGCUAAGCAGGGCGCUGGAGUGAGCCCCCCACUUAUUACCCAGGUCCACUGGUGUAUCCUCCCCUUCCGAGUAUUGCUGGUACUCACCUCACAUCGGGGAAUACAGAUGUAUGAGUCUGAUGGCUCUGUCAUGGUCUACUGGCAUGCACUGAACUCUGGAGAUGCCUCUCCAGUACAUGCUGUGUUUGCCCGAGGAAUCGCUGCCUGUGGCCACUUCGUCUGUGUGGGAACGUGGUCGGGCCGUGUGCUGGUGUUUGACGUCCCAGUCAAGGGACCCAACAUUGCACUGUGUGAGGAGCUGGCUGGGCACCAGACACCAGUCACAGACAUUGCCACCGAGCCUGCCCAGGGACAGGACUGUGUGGCUGACAUGGUGACGGCAGAUGACUCAGGCUUGCUGUGUGUCUGGAAGUCAGGGCCUGAAUUCAAAUUGUUGACCAGCAUUGCAGGAUUCGGGGUCCCGUGCCCCUCCGUGCAGCUAUGGCAGGGGAUUAUAGCAGCAGGCUAUGGGAAUGGGCAAGUGCGUCUGUAUGAAGCCAGUACAGGCACUUUACACGUCCAGAUCAACGCCCAUGCCCGGGCCAUCAGUGCCCUGGACCUCGCUCCUGAGGUGGGCAAGCUACUCUCUGCAGCCGAGGACACCUUUGUGCAUAUCUGGAAGCUGAGCAGAAGUCCAGAAAGUGACAACAUUGAGGUGGAGCACUGCCACGGUGAGUGUGUCCCAGACACCCAGGUGUGUGGUGCCCGAUUCUGUGACCCCUCCGGCAGCUCCUUUGCAGUGACUGGCUAUGACCUCGCCGAGAUCCUGAGAUUCAGGAGUGUGUGAGAGAAGGGCAGCCUUCCUUUCUCCCUGUAGUAUUUAUAAAGAAUCCUCUGCACCCAA